AUGUUGUCGACUUGCUCCAACGAAACGAGACCCGAAACGAUCGAUCUUUAUCACACGACGAAGGCUGUUGCCAAGUGGAAAGAGGAGGACACGAUACGAUACUUGACUAAACCUGAUCCGAAGACGAGUGCGAUUACCGUCAGUGCGAGGUUUAAUUUGGAGGCGGCUUUUUUCGAGCUAGGUGUGCCAGUCAAGCUCAAGGGGCUGGAGGCUCUUACAAUUGUCUAUCUACGAAUAUGCGCAUCAACUAUUAUUUCUCUCCAUCUUGUCAGGAACCCGACCGUGCCCAACGCAGUCGGGGAAGUCUUUCAGUCCACCGUGCUUUCCCUCGACUUUACUUUGAACAGUCCACCCUCCAUCAUCGCCCAAGUCGGCAUCCCUGAACCACUAUGUCCAGCGAGGAAACUCUCUGGAGCAGUCGUCGACGCGAUCCGUGAUCUUUCCAACGCUACCACCCUCUCCAUUUGCAUCGAAGCACGUGAUGCACCUCCCCAGCUGCAAAAUGUCAGCGACGCAGUCAGUCACGGCAAAUUUGAGUCGUUCCGCAGCACCCAAUAUGAUAUCGCGAGUUUGUACGGUGGUCUUGGAGGUAAAGUCAUCACUCCCUCCGAACCAGCGCCCCCGACAUACGACGAAGCCGCAUCCUCUCCACCACCUCCUCCCCCGAUCGAGCCGAGCAGAAAACGUCCCCGACAAGACUCCUCCACCGACACGAAACAAGACGACAUCACCCUUUUGUGGGCCGAAAUCCGUGCCAUGAAAGAAUCCCGCCGCCAGGUCGAAGCAGAGAACUCAACAUUGAAGCAGCAAAACACGGAACUCGUCACCAGCAUGGAAACCAUGAGACAGCAGAAUAAGGAGCUGAUAGACAGCAUGGCGAAGCUCCAAGAGCAAUACGACGCCCUGGAGAGUCGCCAUGCAGCUGUUGAGGCCAAGGCUGAGGCUUUUGAGGAUACGUACGAUGUUGCGUUGGUGGAUCUGCGUGAGGAGAUGAGAUGCCUUGAUGGGGUUGUCAAGUAUUUGCAGGACGGACAGGUGGGGGAGGAGGCGAUGGGGGUUAUAAAGAGCGCAGUUGUCGACGAGAUAAUGAAACGGUUGGCGAAUGGAUGA